AUGUUGGAAGAUCAUGACGGAAGAGUCUGCUAUGAGGAGCCGGGGAUUGCAGACAUAAUAGAAAAAUACUACGCCGAGCUAUUCUCCUCUUCUAUCAAUGACAUGACUUCAAUGGUAGAAACUAUCCUAUCCCCACGCAUCUCAAACACAGAGAAUGAAACCCUUAUAGCGGAGCCUACUAAGGAAGAAAUAAGACAGGCCCUCUUUGCAAUACACCCGGAUAAAGCCCCAGGUCUCUUCUCAUCCGGACUUCUGCCUGCAACGAUCAACACAACGCAUAUCAGGUUAAUUCCAAAAACCUCAAGCCCAAAAGGAGUAACAGACUACAGGCCUAUUGCCCUUUGCAAUGUGUUCUACAAGAUAAUCUCGAAACUACUCACCCUGAGACUUCAACCGAUCCUUAGCGGCCUUAUCUCGGAAAACCAAUCUGCGUUUGUCCCAGGUCGAGCAAUAUCUGAUAAUGUGAUGAUCACACAUGAGGUCCUCCACUUCCUGAAGACAUCCGGAGCAAAAAAGCAUUGCUCAAUGGCGGUUAAAACAGAUAUGAGCAAAGCGUACGAUAGGAUUGAAUGGGAUUUCCUUGCAGCGGUUCAAAAGAAACUCGGUUUUCACCCUAAGUGGAUUAACUGGAUAAAUCAAUGUGUAUCAACUGUUACAUACUCGUACCUGAUUAAUGAAGGAGCCCACGGAAAUGUUCAACCAAGAAGAGGGAUCAGACAAGGAGAUCCUCUCUCCCCCUUCAUCUUCAUCCUCUGUGGACAGGUUCUCUCAGGUCUGUGCACGAAAGCCCAAAAGGAAGGAUCUUUGCCGGGGAUAAAGACGUACGAAGUGGCAUCAGGGCAAAAAAUAAACCUCAUCAAAUCAUCUAUCACGUUUGCGGCGAAAACAAGCAGAGAGACAAAAGAGAAAGCUCAAGAGAUUUUGGGAAUAACCUCCAUAGGAGGAAAAGGGAAGUAUCUGGGGUUACCUGAACAUUUUGGUCGCAAAAAGAAAGACUUGUUUGCGUUGAUAGUGGAGCGCAUACAACGAAAGGCCUCAAGUUGGUCUUCACGUUUCCUCUCGGAGGCUGGAAAGAUGACUAUGCUACAAUCGGUCCUCUCUGCGAUCCCAACUUACACUAUGUCAUGCUUCAAACUGCCAAUGAGCCUAUGCAAACGAAUCCAGUCAGUUUUGACAAGAUUCUGGUGGGACGAGCAAGCUGGAAAGAGAAAGAUGUGUUGGGUAGCGUGGAGGAAGCUUACCAAGUCGAAGAAGGAUGGCGGGCUUGGGUUCCGGGACAUUCAAGCCUUUAAUGAUGCGCUGCUAGCGAAGCUGAGUUGGAGAAUCCUCACCAAUCCAUCUUGUCUCUUGGCCCGGGUGCUAAAAGGAAGUAUGUUAGACAUGAAAACUUCCUGGAAACAAAAGGUAAAGCUUCAGCUUCACAUGGAUGGCAAGGGAUUGUUAUUGGAAGGAACCUAUUGCGCUCUAACCUGGGGAAAGCAAUUGUAA